AUGGGUGUCCCUUUCGAGGCAUUGUUGCCCUACGCCAUCAUGCUCGGCAUGUUCGGCUUCACGGGCGCGGCAUUGAGCAAGAUUCGACACAUGCAGAAUGGCGGGAAGAGGGCUAGACACUCGAUCGAUCAGUGGGAUAGGCAAAGUACGGCUCUUCCACUCCCUUCGCUGCUUCCUGCGCAGCGCUUUCAUCUCACCACCGCCUUCCCUCUGCGCAGCCCACCACACAAAUACCGAGCGCAGCCCCGCUCGACGGACACAACGCUGACAAACACAGUGAUGGACCGCGACCGCCGUCUAACAGGCUUUCUCCGCGGGCAGACAGACAGAGUAGACGCGCCACCGGGCUUCGAGCUGAACAAUCCCUGGAGAGUCGAGACGCGGAUUCUGUAG